AUGCAAGAGGCAUGGAUGUCGGGGGAAGUGUGGGAUGUCCUGCCCCAUGGCUUGCGGCUGCGAAAGCUGUCGGAGACUUGGGAGGACAAGUUUUACAUCAUUCCCACCUGCCACGUCCCAUUGAGUCUGUUGGCAAGAUUGGCCACAGGCGAGCCAGACCCCAGCCUGCCCAAUCAUCUUCCCAGUGCAGGGGUCCAUGGCUUCAGACAGGUUCGGGUGAAGUUUCAGGCCGCACAGAGGCCUGGUGCUGAUGAAGCUUCCGGUGAGGAACGCGCCAAGGCCGUGGAGCUGUCCACCGAUGCUUCGGAGCCAUACACCGUGCCCAGCGACACCUUCGAGCAGUUCCCUCCUGCCCUACCGCCGUGCCCAGCCAUGACGGCUUUUGCCGAGGAGUGGCAGCUUCGAGGGGAUGUGGAGUCGGUGAAGCAAUGCCUCAACGAGCUCCGGGAGAGCUACGAGCAUGGAAGGCUCACCUCAGAUGGCAGCAGGAUUUGUGAGGUGUUCAGCUGCUGCCUCGCCGGGGUGCAUGUGAUGUUGGACUGCCAUGCGUGGUCAGCCAAGUUCAGUGGUGGGGCCGGUGGGCCCCAUCAGACUCCCAAUGUUGAAUUGCAAACAGCUUUUGCUUGCCUUCUGACCACCUGUCUUUGCUGGUUGUCGGCACAAGAUUUUGGGCAGGUGCUCAGCAUCAAGCCGGCCUUGUGCUUGUGUCGUGAGCUCUCACGUCUUUUUUUAGCAAACCCUUGGCCUGCUGCCUUGAAGAGUGCAUGGCGGGACAUCUGCCAAUCAUCCACCGAGCUCUACAAGUUGGUAAGCCAAGGAAGGCCGCGGAAGCUCAACAUACCCACGCUGAAGCGCAAGAAGGUUCAGUGCUCUGUUGCUGGCUGCAUGAAGAUCAACCGCCGUGGAUUCAGAGAUGUGGCAUGGCGGUGCAAAGCCCAUCAGCCGAAACGGCUCUGCAAUGUGGUGGGGUGCAACCGAUCCAGAGUGGCAAAAGUCUACCAAGCCGACAUCUUUGGACCGGCCGGCACCCGCUGCUGCGUUCACAGCGCCCGCGAGUGCAACGUUUUGAAUUGCAAGCGCUUUGCCAAAUGCCAGACCCUCGAAGCAGACCAGUUUGGAGCUGCUGGCAGGCGUUGUGUGAUCCAUUCACCUACUUUGAGCACUUGCGUGGUGCCGGGCUGUGGCCGAGCAGGCAAAGCAGUGCGCCCAGCUGACCAGAUGGGGCCGGCCGGACUCCGCUGCACAGUGCAUGGCUGCGGGUGCAGAGUGCCAGGUUGCCAACGUCAGGCCUGGGGCAAGGCCGAAGGCGAUCACCUUGGCCCUGCGGGUCGCGCCUGUUGGCUGCACGGCGGCCGGGUCUGCAACAUACCGGGCUGCCGCUCCCAGCCGCGCGGCCGGGUGGAGGCCGAUGGCUUGGGAGCUGCCGGGAUCCGCUGCACGCCCCACCUGAAGGGACAGCCGCUGCGCCAGGGACCCAAGCGGAGCCGGCAGCCCAGUGAGCCGCUGCCGGACAGCGCAGACCGGUGCAACUGUGCUACGAAGGGCUGGCGAUGUAAGCGGCCGAGGGUGAACAACAAGAAAUAUUGCGAGCAUCAUGAGGCCUUGAACCACAAGAGGCUUCAAAAGCUGCGUGAGGCUUACACGCCCUUGCGGCCUCCCGACAAGAAGCACCUUGAGCCCAUGCCAGACCCCGCCGAGCGGUGCAAAUAUGGCAUGAAGCGCUGGCGAUGUAAGAGUCAGAGGGCAGGUGGAAAGAACUAUUGCGAGCAUCAUGAAGUCUUGUACCAGAAGAGGCUGCACAAGGUGCGGCUGAAGGAAAUUGCAGAGAAAAAAGACUUUGCCAGCCGGGACACAGAGGCGGUCUUGGAGACCAACCCCAGCCGUAGCCUUUCGGAGGAGGUACACCGCAUCGCCGAGAGCAGCUCUCUGGAGCUGUCAGAGGCCUGGCAGCUGUCGCAGCCGCCGCGGGAGGAGGUGCUCUCAGCGCUGCAGGGGCUGGCGGCGGAGGUGGCGCGGGGCACGCGGCUCAGGCUGCUGUGUCAUUGUCGGCCGCACGUGCGCUGCCACGCCGAGAGCAUCAAGCGGCACCUGGAUCAAUUCGCGGUGGAGUCGAAGACGUCGGCCGCCCAGCCGAAAGCCCCGCCUGAGCAUUUGGAGGGCUUGCUGGACAUCAAUGGCUGCCUCUGGCCGGGCGAAGCGCCGGCGGACCCUUGCAGUGUGAAGACACGCAACUACGACUGCCAACGAGCCCAGCGAGCCAUCGAUCCUGCCAACAUGCGCGGCUACUGCGCCCAAUGCUGGUCACGGCACUCAAAAGUGUACCACUGGCCCAGCUUCGAAGAUGAAUGGCCCAGGGACUACUAUUUCGAGGACUACGAGCCGAAAUCUUGGACCAACGGAUCAUUUUCGCGCGGCUGCUGGUUCUUCGAACGCGGCUGCUGCCGAUUUGGGGACAGCUGCGCUUAUUCGCACAAGACGUGA